AUGGCCCCCUUGAGCGUCUACUGCUCGGAGACCUUGGGCUCUGAAGGUCAGGGAGGCGCCCUGCACUUGGCCCUCCUCGCAGACCUGGAGCCUGCCUUUCAGGCCAUCGAUUCUGGUGGGCGAGAGGCCAGACUGGAGGCGGUCCUCGCACUGGGAGCGCUUGGGGAGAAGUGCCCCGAGAGGAGCAUCCCAGCUCUGUGCCAGUGCUGGGGAGGAUGGCACACGGCCGAGGCCGCAUUUCAGUCCCUCAAGCGCAUCUGUAGUCCUGGGCCGGAAGUGCUGUCCAUGUUCUUGACGGCCAGCCCACACUUCUACGCCCAUGAGUUCGGCGUCAAGGCGGCUCUCUACCUCGGAUCCGACAGCCCCCAGGUCUUCGCCAGCAUUGUGACGGGCGUCGAGCAGAAUUCAUCCUUCUGCCUGGACGCGUUCAAGGAGCUGCUUCCAGCUGCCGACCUACCCCAAACGAUCCAGCUCCUACUGGGGGGGAGUCUCUUUAAAGACCGGUCUGGCUCCUCCGUCGACUGCCUCGGGCAGGCACUUGCCCUGGUCAAUGAGCGGGACCAUGCCGGCUUGAUGGAGGGCCUCUUGGCUUACCUGGACCCGACGCAGCCCGCCUGGGUUCUUGCACGUGCUAGUGCUUGGGCGGCUGAGCUGGCACAAGGAGAGGAGGAGACGCUGGUGCAAGCCCUGCUGGCAGCGCUUGGCCACGUCUCCGGGGACGACCUCCUGAAGGUGGCCCAGUCCCUGGUCCGCGUCUCGGAGGGCUCCCGCCUUCAAGCCCUGGAGGCCCUGUGCGCCGAGCUGAAGAAGGAUGCGACAUCUUGCAGAUUCAGGGAGGUGAUCCUUGAAGAGACCCGGCAGCUCGCGGUCCCCGACGAGGUUCAGGUGCUGAAGCCGCUUCUCAGCUUCAUCGAGAAGGCGGAGCCCAUCCUGAAGACUGCCGACUCCAACUGGGCGCCGGUCACCGGGACCAUGAAGCUCCUGGACCAGCUGGACCAGACGAGCCGGAGCUUCUUCCAAAAGGCCAUUCGGCACCUCACAAGGAUUUUGGCCCGGCUUUGCCUUGCCGCUCCCACGUGGUGGGAGCGCCCAAAGGCCCCGGAGCGCCUGGUCCGACUGGCGCGCGACCACGGAGGGGCGGAGCAUGAGACCCUGGUGCAACUGUGUGAGGGCUUCAAGUGCCAGAACGACCUCCUCCGGCACCAAUGCCGCAGGACGUUUGCAGUCAUUCCCAAGAAGGCCCCGGAACUCGCCAACCUGCUUCUGCUGGGGCUCAUCAAGAGCGAGGAGUUUUCCUGGACGAAAGAGGCUGCGAUGAGGGCACUGGACCUCAGCGCUAAAGGCCUCGAAGGCCUGGAGCCUGAUCAGAAAGAGGACAUCAAGGCGUCCCUCCUCCAAGCGGCGGAGGAGCCCUUUCUACGGUGCUUGGCCCUAUCCCUCCUGAUGCCUUUCGCCAAAGACGAAGGCGUCCGGAAUGCGGCGCUGAAGUACUCAGAGGAGAGCGACGUCUACGUGCAGCGGGAAGCACUGAGAGUACUGGCUGAAGACGUGGUUCCCUUCGACUGCCUGGUGCGCAGUCUUCAGAGCCAAGAGCGUGAUAAUGUCCUUCUGGGCCUGGAGGCCUUAGCAAGAUCAGAGCUGAGUUCGGAGUACAGUGAGUACAGGCAGCAGGAGCUGAGCGCUCUUCUGGCCCCCCUUCUGACGCAUCGCAGCGAGGAGGUGGCGCUCAGCGCGGCGCAGGCGUUGGGCCGCAUGACUGGCGAAGGCAAAAGCUCCGCGGCUGCAGCUCUGAGGCCCCGCGGGAUCUGGCCAGAGACGCGCCCCGCCGUUCUCCAGGCACGCCGGGAGGCACUCCAGUCUCUUGCGUAG